AAGCUUCCAGCGUCUUUGUUUUCACCUGCUAGGAACAGAUGAGCUGGGAGUGGCUUUGGGGAUGCUUGCAAAAGGGGUGGAGGUACCCAAGGGAUAUUUAAGAUGCUGGGGAUGCAACACAAGACACACACACAGAGCUGCAGAGAGAAGUCUGUGUGAAGGACCACUUUGCUGAGAAAGAGAGAGAAGGAAGAGGAUUCGGCAUCCACUCUCCUUGCAGAAACUUCAGUCCAACAGUCAAACAAGGCAUUCCUAGGGAGGAGGUAGGAAGUGCUCUGAGAGAGAGGAUCAAAGAGAGCAACCCAAACAAAGAUGCCAAGUGCCUUCAGUAUCCAAUUGGCGUGGUUCUGCACGUUGACCAUCUCCUUAGCCAUCUCCCCAGCCUGGCUGCAGAAACCUCCCAAGAGGAAGGUGGUCACCGGGAACCCCAAAGCCGCAAGCUGCUGCGAGGAGCUGAAGGAGAUGAAGGCCCAGGUGGCCAACCUGUCUGCCUGGAUCGAGGAGAUGAGCAAGAAGCAGGACGCCGAGCUGGGCAGCGCCAUCGUGCAGGUGAUCGAGCUGGAAGGCAGCCUCAAGCGCAUGGACCUGCGCCUCAAUGAUGUGGAAGGAAAGUACUCCGAGAUGAAUAACCAGCUGGGCAUCGUCCAGCUCCAGGCGGCUCAGACUGUUACCCAAACGUCCGCAGAUGCUGUGUACGACUGCUCAUCCCUUUAUCAGAGGAAUUACAGAACCUCAGGGGUAUAUAGGCUGCUUCCAGAUGAAUUUCUGGGGACCCCAGAACUACAGGUCUACUGUGACAUGGAGACAGAGGGCGGAGGCUGGACCAUCAUCCAGAGGCGUAAAGUGGGCCUUAUCUCCUUCAGCCGAGACUGGAAACAGUACAAACAAGGCUUUGGCAGCAUCCAGGGCGACUUCUGGCUGGGAAAUGAGCACAUCCACCGGCUCACCAUGCGCCCAACCAUGCUUAGAGUGGAGCUGGAGGACUGGAAUGGCAACACCCGUUACGCCCAGUACAGCCAGUUUGUUAUGAGCAAUGAGUUGAACAGCUACCGCCUGUUCCUGGCCAAUUUCAGUGGCAAUGUGCCCCAUGACUCUUUGCGGUACCACAACAACACAGCCUUCAGCACCAAGGACAAGGACAAUGACAAGUGUGUGGAUCACUGCGCACAAUUACGCAAAGGAGGCUAUUGGUACAACUGCUGUACAGACUCCAACCUGAACGGCGUUUACUACCGCAACGGCGAACACAACAAGAGCACAGACGGCAUCACUUGGUACGGCUGGUACGGCAAAACCUACUCUCUGAAGAGGGUCGAGAUGAAGAUCCGACCCACAGACUUCAAAGCUCAGGGCGACACCAACAAAGUUGAGUAAGGAGGCAAUAAGGAGACCUCUUUGUGAGGGGACUGAUGGCAGAAGGGGAUGGGCAGGCAAACACACUCUUACUUACAGUAGUAGCAAAACCACAACGGCGGAUGUGAAAAGAAUGGAUGGACGCAAGGUAUGGCACUUGCAUAUAUAACUAGUGACACAGGCCUCACAUCUUUCUCAAUGCUCAAGCAAAACCAUCUGUACCCUUUUUGUGACAAUAUUCUUUCCAGAAGGAUGCUCAAUACAUACCAAGACAGACACAGACACACCCCAUUUUUCAAGAAAAUAAUCAUUUUCACACUAUUUACCACAAUCCUAAGAGGGGAGCAAAAAUGAAGCAAUGUAUCCGUUUCUCUUCAUAUGGAGCAGAAUUGGGGAGUUGUUUCAAGAUGGAGGAGGGAAUAAACAUCUGGGUUUAAACCAAAAGGUUCCUAGACACGUGCAGAGAGCCACAAACUCAGAGACCGACAAAACAGAAAUGAAAUUGUAACUGCCCCCAUAGAUUUUAUACAGAGUUUCGCAAAGGCAUUCCAGAUUUGUGCCUUGGGUUCCACAAAAGCAAGUUGCUAGAAACAACAAUAUUAUACAAUUUCAUAGGGAGCAUUUGGUGUGAGUUAAACGACAACCAGGAUAACACAUGACAAUAUACCACAAUGAAUUUUGUGUCUGGAAGAAGCCACUGCGGACUCCUCUUGCGGCCCAAUUCUCUGCUUAACUGUGUUGCCAGAGUGGAUUCAUAGUUAAUAUAUCUAUUUUUAUUCACUUUUUUAUUGCAAGAAAGAGUUAGCUUAAUUUAAAGUUGCCGUCUUGUCGCCGGAGGUGCCAGCUUUUUGGGAAGCGUCUUGUAUAUAUGUUGACUAGACAAAAUGUGGGAUAUUUCACCAGGAGGGUCUUCUUUGUUACGGAAGGCUUUUGUAUGGGAUGUGUGCAUGCUGUAAAUUAAAAGAGCGCUCUGUACAAAUUGUGCCUCAUUUGUGUCAUGAAACCAUUCUCCCAACCCCAUUCUAUAAUAAACUCUUUUGUUUUUAAAA